UGGGUAUCAAAAAUUGUGAGUGGUCACGCUGCGCGGAACAGCUCAUUCUUCUGCUAUAUCUUUGGCCUGAGCCCAAAAAGUUGGUAGUCAUGGAAGCGAAUGACAAAAACAUUGAUAUUGGUGAUUUUAUAACAAUGCAUUAUAACAAUCAACAACAGUUCAGUGAUGUUGCACCAGAAAAAUCAUCAAAGUUCUUUGAACGAGCCAUGAGUGAAAGCAAAAGGAUGAAUUCUGAGGUGGAAAGGAAUGAGAAACAAAGAAAAGAGUUAGAAGCAGAACAUGGUGCAGAUAAAAUGUAUAAAUGGAUACAAGAACAUGUACAACACAUAGACAGUUUAAAUGCUGUAGCACCUGAUCAGAUUGGAGACAGCAGCAAAUAGAAUAUAUGUGCAUUCUACCUCUAUAAUCCUUUGCAUAUAAUUUCCAUUAUAAUAGAACUUGAUGGUGUAUCGACAGGGGGCGUGGGAGGGACUCGAUCACCAAGAAAAUCUUGCGCCACCCACUGGAAAUUUGCUGAGUGAAAAAAUUAAGUUCAAGUACAGUAAUUAAAUUCACCUGAUAUCACCUCAUUUUUCAACAAGGACCCCUUCACUUAUCAUCGAUGCCCCUUCCCCCAGUUAACCUUUGAUCCCCAGUUAACCUUUGAUCCCCCUAUUAGCCCUCCCCAAUUCAAUACUCCUUGAUAUGCCUCUGGUAAAAGUAACUAUAAUGUACAUUUAGACCUAAAACUUGACUACUUCUGUAAAUAUUAUUUAAUUGUUAAUAUUGAAUAAAUAAACAAAGAAAAAAUAUA